AUUCCAAUGGCGUCAGAAGCACAGCUUCAUGGUCUAACGGCAGCGGAAUUUGCAGUACUUGAGCCCAUCAUCAACAAAUAUCACCAGUUCGAAGCUCCUCCCAACACAUGCACUUCCAUCAUAACUCAGCGAAUCGAGGCUCCGGCUCGAAUCGUGUGGGGUUUCAUUCGGAGCUUCGAGAAUCCUCAGAAAUACAAGCACUUCAUCAAGAGCUGCAACAUGAAAGGUGACGGCGGCGUCGGCAGCAUCAGAGAGGUCACGGUGGUUUCCGGUCUCCCAGCAUCCACCAGCACCGAGAGGCUCGAGAUCUUAGACGAUGACAACCACAUACUCAGCUUUAGGGUUGUGGGUGGCCAGCACCGACUCAAAGAUUAUCGCUCCGUCACGUCGGCGAACGAGUUUCAUACGGACGACGGUAAGGUCUACACUAUGGUUGUGGAGUCAUAUACCGUCGACAUACCGCCGGGCAAUACUGCAGAAGAUACGAAGAUGUUCGUGGACACCGUGGUGAAGCUCAACCUUCAGAAACUUGCCCUCCUCGCCCUCUCAACCCUCCAUGCACAACAUUAAUUAGUUAAUUAUCGAUGAAUACUAUAUUAAGGAUUUGCCGCUAAUGAUCUCUGUCUCGUUGUGCUCAUCCUCAAUGCUAAGUGGUUAUUGCUAGAUGCUACUUGGAUUGUUUGGUCUCUUCUUUAUUUAUUAAUAAAAAAAAUCGUAUUAUCUCAUCCCUAGCUGUUCGAUCACGGUUUCGCGGUUGUAUGUUUGUAUAUUGUCG